AUGGUGCUUGGUAGAAAAGACUUCGGCCCCAUACGCCUCCAAGACUGUUCGAAACGACUCAUACGGCCUACGUUGUUCACAAGAGCUGAUACGCUGUCUCAAAUGUCGCUGCCGAGCCCAGAGUUUGGUAUUUCAUCACAUUCAUCCGAAGUCUCGGGCCACCCUAUUCUCGGCCAUCCCAAAGCACCACCAGGGGAGCUCGUCCCACAAUCUCGCCCUAAGCCCGCCAAUCGCAAUCACAGCCUUUCGAUCUCUGCUCUUCCGUCUCCUAGAAUGUGGUUGAUCCACCGAUGGGCGAGCACGUUUGGCGCUCAACCUACGCAUCAUCGCCCCGACACAUCGUCACGCCCCACUUCUCGCGUGCGAUUAUGUCCCUGCCGCUCCCUGAGCACGAUGACCGACGAUUCUUCCGAGUCCACCACUAUUCGGCCGAGUUCCAGGAGCCUUGAGUCAUCUUCACUCAGUAACGCUUACGAACCCGAGGGUUCGUUCACAGAUUAUUCCAUCCUCAAUGAAAUGAUUCGUCGAGUGUUUGACAAACGGAACAGAAACUCACGACGCCAUGAAACACGGCAUCGCCAGCACACAAUGGAUGUUAGGGGAUUGCGGUUUCCCGCAAAGGCUUUCUCCUGGGGGCAGCCUGCUUCUAUACAUUGCCAUUGA